GGGUGUCGAUUCUGAAGCAGGAACAUUUGGGUGAAAAAAAAGAUAUUCAAAAUCCCAAAAAACUGUAAAAGGAACGGAUGUGCUUCAGAAAACGAAACGGCUAUCGCCCUCCAGAUCAUUUUAAUGCAAAAAUUUACACAGGCCCUGUCCCAGCAGAGCAGGACGCUGUGAUGGUGCAGAAUGAAGGCCCGUCCACACAGCGGCCCAAUGCCUGCUGCCUGUGCUGGUGCUGCUGCUGUAGCUGCUCAUGGAGUGAAGAGGAGCGACGAGCCAGGAGGAAGAGUCAGGAGACCAAGCUGGAGACCAUUAGUAACUGUGAAGCGUGCACGAAGCCGUCUGCAGAGGAAGUACGCCAGUGGGCGCAGUCCUUCGAGCGUCUGAUGAGGAGCGCUGCAGGGAGAAACCUCUUCCGGCAGUUCCUGCGCACAGAGUACAGCGAGGACAACCUGCUGUUCUGGCUCGCCUGCGAGGACCUGAAGCAGGAGUACAACAAGACGUCCAUCCAGGAGAAGGCCCGCCUCAUCUACGAGGACUACGUCUCCAUACUGUCUCCCAAGGAGGUGAGCCUGGACUCUCGGGUGCGGGAGAUGAUAAACAGGAAGAUGCAGGAUCCCACGACCCACACCUUUGAGGACGCCCAGCUUCAGAUCUACACACUCAUGCACAGAGACUCCUACCCCAGGUUCCUCAACUCCUCCAUAUACAAAUCCCUCCUGCUGAAUGGCUCCUGCUCCUCCUCUGAGUCAUAGGACACGCAAACCCCAGCAACCCCUCAACCACAAGCCACGCCUACCCGCAGCCCCUCCACCACAAGCCACGCCCACUCCAGUCUCCUCUAAACCGCACGUCAUGCCCACUCCAGUCUCCUCUCAACCAUAGGUCAUGCUCACUUGCGUAUCCACCGAACCACAGUUCAUACCCACUCAAGCACCCACUGAACCGUAGGCCGCUCCUGCUCCAGCCUCCAGUGAACCAUAGGCCCAUACCCACUCCACCCCAUGCUGAGCACUGUUCUUUUUUUUUCUCUCCCUCUCUCCAUCGCUCUUUCUCUCCUCCACUCUGCCUCUGUGUUGUAUUCUGUCUGCACAACCACUAAAGGACAGAACAAGUGUCCAUUUUGAGAUUUUUAUGAGAGUGUAUGUUUUUUUCUGUUGUGAUCACUGAUAUCUGCCGUUAAACAUAGACUUCUGGCUGGGAGACACAGGACUGUUCAUGGAAACUGUGUUUUUAACUGCUGUCCCCGUGGCAACAGCUAGUGCACCGCCAACUACUGAAUUACAAGCUCACAUUCUGUGAUUUUAUUUUUUUCUUCUGGUUCCCUGCACAUACGCGCGCACACACACACCCAUGCACAUGAGUGCAGACACAGGCAGGUGGCCAGGGUACCGCUGCAGUAAGGCUCCUCCUCCUGUCCUUUGGAAUCUCAGCUCCUCUGAAGUUUCUUCUGUUUCCCUGUUGUAUCUGCGCUGUAUCUGAGGCUGCCAAACAUCCAGAAUGUUACUGUUUCGAUUUAGAGAGCUAUGUGAGGUGAUAGGGUCAGAAUCCUUUGUUUUUAAGCCUUUAGCUACAUUCUUACUCAACGCGUGAGUAAAUGAUGGGACAUUCUAACGCUGAUGUCAUUUAAUGGGUCAGCAUUUAGAUGGACUCAUAUAGAAAUGCUGUGUGAUUGGUUUGGCAGGACAUCAGAGGGUUCAGCUUUCUGGUGCCUGUAGGAGAUACACAACAUUAUUACAAUGUUACAGUGUUCGUGUAUAGGUCCGUGAGCAGCAUUAUUGAUCCCAGCAUCCGCACAUUGUUAUUACAAUGUUAUAGUGUUGAUGUGUAGUUCAGUGUCUGUGUGUGGGGAGCCCCAGGGAACAAACCUGAUCCGUCUCUCACAGAGAUAGGCAAUGGAAAUGCCUCAGUUUUACUGUGGAUUCAGGGGGUUUGUGGGAUACCGGGGAACCAUGCAUCAGAGCAUCAGAGCACAAAGCAUCAGACACAUUUGCAAAGAGGGCCUGAAAACAGCGCCUUAGUUACAGAGUGUGUAUAUGUGUGUGUGUGUAUGUGUGU